CGGAGCGCCGGCUGUUUCUGAAGGGAGGCCCCUGGAGCAGCAGGCAGCGAGUGUGUGUUGACUUGAGCGCGGAGGAGAGGCACGAGAGCGCUUUUCUCACUCAGUCCGGCGACACAUCCAUGCAUGAAUGCGGUGCGAUUACUGGGGAGAGUGCUAGCUUUAAGUUCUCCAUCACCUUCGAAGCUUCAGUAAAACGUAACUAGAAACAGAAAAAAAAGAGUUUCCAAAAGUCCAUUCCCUUCGGAGGAUCGGUUCACUGCGUUACGCACGCAGAGUACCGCAAAAGGACAUUUGCAACUUUAUUUAUAAAGUGUCACGGAUCUGCUGCAUUUAUUGUCUGUUUCAUAAUAGUCAGCAUGUAGUCAGUCAAAUGAAAGAAAUAGCCUAUUUAUGAAUGGAGUUGCUGAAAGCGCUCGAGCGCGCAGCAGUUCAUGUUGCAUCUCCAAUAAGUCAGUCUCCUCCUUCAAAGGGUGAUCGGACGACGCGCUCAGAGUCCACUCGCUGCAGAAUGGACGGACUUUACGACCAACAAGUGCCUUUCAUAAAAUCUCAUGUAAGUCUGAUGAAGAAUCCUCGGGGAAAGACGUCCAACACGAAACCAACGAAGGACAGGAAAAGAAAAUUCAUUAACUCUGACCUGGCUUUGGACACCGAGGAGCUGUUCCAAGAUCUCAGUCAACUUCAGGAAACCUGGCUCGCUGAAGCUCAAGUUCCUGACAAUGAUGAGCAGUUUGUUCCAGACUUUCAGAGCGAAAACUUGGCGUUCCACGGGCUGCAGUUGAGGAUAAAGAAAGAGCCCCACAGUCCGUGCACUGAUCUGGGCUCAGCCUGCAGUCAGGAGAGGCCCUUCAGACUCCACUAUGGGGAGAAGUGCCUGUAUAACAUCAGUGCCUACGAGCAGAAGCAUCCCUCGGGAAUGAAGGCCUCCAGCCCAGUGUCUACCCCCUGCAGCACGCCCGUGUCCCCUGGCCAGCAUGGGUCUCCCACAGCCGCCCCCACCCCGAAACCAGACAGGACAUACCCUCACCUCGCACCGCCACAGCCCCUCCCUGACAGUGCUUAUCCCAUGGACCACAGUGUUUUGUUCAGAUUUCGGCGGCAGUUGUCAGAGCCAUGUCAUUCCUUCCCCUCUCCUUCAAUGUCGCGGGACGGACGGCCCAUGUAUCACAGACAGAUGUCGGAACCCAGCAUCCCCUUCCCUCCUCAGGGGUUCAAGCAGGAGUACGGCGACCCCCUCUUCGAACAUCCGGCCAUGGUGGGUGUGCAGCUUCCCCAGACGUACACGCACUCCAUGAUGAUCAAACAAGAGCCUCGCGACUUCACCUAUGACUCAGAAGUGCCUAGCUGUCACUCUGUAUAUCUUAGACAAGAAGGAUAUCUGGCCCACAAUAACAGAACAGAGGGAUGUAUGUUCGACAAAGUUGCAAGGCACUUCUAUGAUGACACCUGUGUGGUACCAGAGAAGGUUGAAGGUGAUAUAAAGCAGGAGGCGGGGCUGUACCGUGAAGGCCCAACCUAUCAGAGACGAGGUUCGCUGCAGCUCUGGCAGUUUUUGGUUGCCCUAUUGGAUGACCCCUCAAAUUCAAACUUCAUUGCAUGGACUGGCCGGGGCAUGGAGUUUAAACUCAUUGAGCCUGAGGAGGUGGCACGGCGUUGGGGAAUACAAAAGAAUCGACCUGCUAUGAACUACGACAAGCUUAGCCGAUCACUGCGCUAUUACUAUGAAAAAGGCAUCAUGCAAAAGGUGGCAGGUGAAAGAUACGUGUAUAAGUUUGUCUGCGACCCCGAGGCUUUGUUCUCCAUGGCCUUCCCCGACAAUCAGCGUCCGGUGCUGAAGACCGACCUGGAGCGGCAGAUCAACGAGGAAGACACCGUGCCCUUGUCACACUUCGAUGAAAACAUGGCGUACAUCCAAGAGGGUGGCUACUGUAACCCGCACCCAUACAACGAGGGCUACGUCUACUGAAAACUGCUACCGGCCGUUCGAAAUCAAAACCAACUUUCAGACUUGUCCCUCGUUUCCUUCAGUCAUUCCCCAGGACAAAAGAGAGCACUUUAUGGACAGAGGAUGAUAGCAGUGUGUAAACCUACAAACGUACUGAUGUAGUUAUUUUAGAUGCUCCUUUGGUGAUGUUUGUCGCUACUGAAGGGGAUGGGGUGUCUCAGCAUGCCGUUUUCUCACUGCAAAAGACUCUUGAGGGCAACUGGCCUCUCUUCGGACAGAUGUUUUGAACUAUUUAGACAAAUUAGAGUCUGGAGCACGAGAGUGGAAAAAUCCCAACCUCUUUUACCAUUGAAUCUCUUGGAUUGUUCGUGGAACGCUUUGUCAUUUUCGCACAUUUUCUCAACAUUUGCAUUUCUCUACCUUGGUGUUAAACUGAGUAAAUAAUACAGUGUAUUACAAUGGAAAUAAAAUCCUUAAAACUCUCCAUCUCAAAGUGAGCACAUAUCUGAACUUAUCUGAGUAAAUGGCCCACAUUAUUUCUUGCCCAUUCAAGACCCAUAAAGUGAUGAAAUACUUGCACAGUUAUAACAAACGACUGAUUCGUGUUGUUUGUGGAAGAAUAUUAUAUACUAAUAUUCAAGUUAUACCCUUAUAUAUAUAUUCUCCUAUGAAUAUGUCUUAGAAGAGGGAAGAUGCAGGCAAUUUUCUCAAUGAACAACAGAUUUUUAAUAAAGAUAAAAAAAUAAACUGACAUGACAGCAUGAUUUUGUAAUACAGUACAUGGUGUUUCAAAUACUACUCUGAUUUUUUUCUUAAGAUCUAUUUAAAUAAAAAUCUGUAUACUUAAGUUACAAUACAGUUUGACUGACACCAUACUGUAUUUUACUGAAUAUGACAUUUUAACCAAAUGCACCUUUAUAGAAAUCAAACCGUUCUUUUCAGAAAAGUCUUCAGACAGCUUCACGUGUUUCUAUGACAUCAUUCUAUGAAAGUUACAUUUCUACUAUUAGAGUGACAAAUUGCAUUUUUAUUAGGAAAAAAGUGGAUGUUGGUCCAUUAAUCGCUCCCCCAUGCCAUCAUUGAAAAUAUGAAACGUGUAUAUUCAGGUUAAUGCACCUCAAUGCUGCUUUAUGUGUAAAUUUAAAGUAUGAUCAGACGGCAGCUAUGCCCUGCAGUACGUUAAUUUGUUGUUGUUUUUUUUACAAAAAAACGUCAGUGUUUAUUGAAUGUAAAAAAAUAUAUACAUAAUUGCAAAGGGAAUGGCAAUAGCUACACUUCUGUAAUAAAAUAGUGUUGAAAUACAAUUGGGUUGUUUUUUAAAUGCAUUUUUUUAUGUGCUUUUUGUCAAUCUUUGUCUCAUAUUUCAAUCACAAAUGCAGUGUUGUUCCCUAGUAAAUGAUUUCAUUCGGGUUCCAA